UCACUCGCAUUAAAAAAAUAAUCGUACAUAUUGAUAGGUAUACAGACAAUUCAAGACAAGUUUUAUUUCUGUUUUUAUAUUAGAUUUUACUCAUAGCAUUCAUGUAGUCGUGACGAUUAUAUUAUUGUGUUCAUAUUAUUAAAUUAUAAAACAUAAAUAUGGUUAAAAUUAAGUGAAUAGGACUUCCUUCACGUCGGAUGUUGAGUGUUGACAAUAGCAAGAGUUACGAAUAUACAUAAAUGUACGUUCAAUCAUAAGAACAUGAUGGAACCACAUCAUUACUAAUAAAAUGACUGAAAAGGGCUACGAGGGCGAGCAAUCAUCGUCCUCCUGGGAUAUUGCUGGUCCAUCAUCUCUGGCAGCCAUCCUGGAUACUGUGUUUACAUCUACAUCAUCUGACAAUCAACAGAGGAAUGAAGAAAUGGAGUGUGAUGCCCUGUUUGCAGAGAGUGAUGAUGAAGUAGAAGUGAUGCCAACACCUUCUGAACCAACUGAGAACCCUCAGGCAGGGAGUGACAACGUUACUGAACAAGCACCCAAACCUGUGUCAUCCAACUAUGUGAAUUCAACCACUCCAAACCAACCUUAUGAAGUGAAUAUAUCAUCGCUUUCACACCCAGCAGACUCCCAUACCCCUGUUCCAGAAGAGUAUCAACCUCUGCCAGAUAGUUCCAGCUCCCUGGAUUACUCUUUUGGUUCAAACCCCGAUAGCACGGAUGGAAGCGGCCAGCGAAGAAUCCCAGUCAACAUCCGCUACCAGCCCAAACCUCAUGCACUCAACCAGCAUGGUUACUACUAUCCUAACUAUGCACACUACCCUGGAAUACAGCCUUCAAGAGAAUAUGCAGCCCCAUAUCACAACAAUGUCAUUGUUCUGAGUGACAAUAGGAACUUCUUAUCUCAUCCCUUAGCUUAUGCCAUGUCCAAUGGAAAUCGUGUUUCUGAUAAUCGUGCAGAAUAUGAAUAUCUACAUCCAAGACUUAAUGUCUAUAAUCAAGGUACAACCACCACAGGAGAAACUGCUGCUCAGCCUAAUGGCUUAGAGAGACCUAGUCGCAAGCUGAACAUCUCUCCCCGCAGGCGACAUUCAAAGGAAAAUGAAGUACCAAAUUGUAUAGAAGUUAGUUCAGAGGAGGAAGACAAUGUGUCCUCACCAAGAAAGAAACAAUGUGACAAUGGUGCUGGGAACCAUGCUGCAAAUAGUGGUACAGGAACUAGUGUGGGCAGUGGAAACUGCAGCCACUCUGGAGAUAUUCCAAGAGUUGAGAUAAAAGGCGAGCCCGGUCAAUCUAGGAACCCUGCUCCCAAUGUACAAAAUGUCAGCAAUUUACUUCUGCAAACUGUUGACCAGAGAAGACAAAACACCCAGAAUAACAACAUGCAGCCUCAAAAUCUCACUGGUGUGAAGGUGCAAGUAAAGCAAGAAAACUUAGACCAUGCAUCAAGCAAUAAUUGUAGAUGCAAGGCAAAUAUGCCCAGUGACUUAUCACAGUCUGGUCGCAAUCACAGUGACGAGUGUCACCGGAGCAAUCCCAACUACAAUCAGCAAAAUGCAUCUCAACAGUUCCCGAACAAUGCAACCAAUUAUAGUGGCGGAGCUUCAGGCUCUAUGUUGCAAGUGAAGGAGGAGCCUGGCACACAGCAUCCUGUCAUCAAACAAGAGCCAUCGAAGGAGGAAACUAUGCCGUCAGUGAGUGCCAUCAAAACAGAAGCUGUGGAACAGUGUCAAGUCAAAACAGAGCCUGGUACAACAAACACCAGCGAAAACAUAGACGUGAAGACUGAAGUUGACGAUACGAGGAGAUGUUGCGAGAUCGACGGCGGCGGAGACCGGCGGCCCAAGGAGACGUCGCCGCAACCGGGCACUAGCUCGGGCAGACCGAUGGCUGAGAACAGACCAACUAACAAUCAGGCGCAGGAAACGCAAACGAACGAGGGGUCGAAUGCCGGCGGCGUGCUAUCCGCUCCUGACCUACAACUAGAUUGGGUGUCAGACUCUAGCUCAGAUGACGGCGUCAUGCUUGUGGGUGAUGAUAACAACGCCCAACAAGAAGUGAUCGACCUGACGGGCUCCCCGGGGCGCGGCUUCCAGCCGGGCGCGACGCAGACGGGCGAGGCGGCGGAGCUGGCGGGCGCGGGCUGGGCGGGCGGCGCGCGCCUGCUGCCCGGCAUCCCGCGCCGCGGCGUCUACCCGCCGCAUCUGGCGCACAACGUGUCCGAGAUACCGCCGCAUGCACAUCUCGUACGCACCAGGGUCCGCGUGGGCGCGUGCGGCGGCUGCCGGCGCUGCUGCUGCGGGCACGCGGGCUGCGCGUGCUGCGGCGCGCCGGCGCACGCGGCCGCGCACGCGCCGCCGCACGCGCACCCCUCGCACCACCACCACCACGCGCCGCCCGCGCACAUGGGUGAACGUCGUCGUGACGGCAUGUCGGUCGCUCCGCCAUAUCUCGUCCACGAACGGCUCUGGCAGCGGCAGCACCAUAUGAUGGAGUUGCAGCGUCGCAGUAUGAUGGGCGACAUGGGCGGCGGCUUCGGGCCCGGCUUCGCGCAGUUCCCGCCUGUUCCGCUACCGCCUACGACAGUGCUCGGUUUCCCUGAUGAACUGCAGCAACGUGAUCUCGGUGCAGGACCACCACCGCCUAUGAUGCUCGACCGGCAACACAUCCACCACCACAUGCAUCACUACAUGCAGAUGCACCCGUCGCCGCCGCACCUACACAUAUCUAUCCAGCCGUCCUACAUGGGGACGGGUGCUCUAGCGGCGGCCAUGGUGCAGGUGGCGGAGGCGGCGGAGGCGGCGGAGCGGCGCGCGUGGCGCGGGCGCGGCGCGUCGGGCGCCGUCAUCGAGCGCAACACCUACCGCCACGCCUACCGCCCCGCGCCGCACCAUGUCGACGAGAAGUGCACCAUCUGCCUCUCCAUCUUCGAGGUCGACUCCGACUGCAGGCGGUUGCCAUGCAUGCACCUUUUCCACAUGGAAUGUGUCGAUCAGUGGCUUAGCACCAACAAGCACUGCCCCAUCUGUCGCGUGGACAUCGAGACACAUCUCAACAAGGACGCUACGUUCUAAACAUGCAGGUCCAGACAGUUGGGGGGAGCUGAUGAUGGCCUGCUGCUGCAGCUCCAGGCUCUCCUGCUGCAGCUCGUGUGUCAGCUGCUUCUGCGCGUUGCAAGUCCUGC